AUGGUAUUUCCUGGUAAUAGUUAUGAGGAUGAUGCAACCUUCAUAUGGAAAGGAAGAAUGUCCACGUACAAAAGUAUUUUGGGGCUAGUGAAAAGAAUUGAUCUGUCAAGCAAUACAUUAACAGGGGAGAUUCCAAGUGAAAUCACUCGUCUUGUGGAAUUGGUUUCUUUAAACCUUUCGAGAAACCAGUUAACAGGUCAAAUAACUCCAGAGAUCGGAAACUUGCAGUCAUUGGAUUCUCUUGAUUUAUCGAGAAACCGAAUAAGUGGAAGAAUUCCAACGAGCCUUGCUCGAAUAGAUCGUCUCGCUGUCUUGGACUUGUCAUAUAACAACUUGUCGGGCCAAAUUCUAAUCGGGACUCAGCUCCAAAGCUUUGAUCGCUCUGUUUAUGCUGAAAAUCCUCAACUCUGUGGAGCUCCACUUCUAAAGAUGUAUGAUGAUCCCUCUGAGUACAGCAAUACAGAGGAUAAGGAUGAGCUUAUAACACUGGGAUUUUACAUCAGUAUGGCGCUUGGGUUUGUUACAGGAUUUUGGGGAGUUUGCUUCACUUUGAUAUUCAAGAGGUCAUGGAGAUACGAAUACUUCAAGUUCCUGAAUGGUUUAAAUGAUUGGCUUUAUGUGAGAAUAGCUUUGAUCAAGCGGCAACUCAAGGAUAUGCUUAAUUGA